AUAUGUAGUUCACCACAUGAGGCUUCUCAUGCUCUCUGAUGGAAGAGGGAAACGGGGAUCGUAGAUCACAGCCAAUCUCACAAUGUCGUCAGAGCGACAACGCGCUCCUGCUCAGCCUAAAGAGCAGUACCAGCGUGUCAGCACUAACAGAAAGCAGGUGCCGGGGACAGAGGAAAGCAACACGGGAAUUGUUUGUCCAUACAAACUCGGAUCAGUCGAGCUCCUCCGCCACUUACUAAUGAUAUUCAUCCCCUGCGUCUGCGCUUUCAUCUGUGUGCUGGUCAUCGUUUUGGCAUUUCUAGGUGUAAUCGAUAAUAGACCUUCAUUGGAUGAAGACAGCAAGGACUCAUUUCAGCACGUGGCGAGCACACGAUCACUUGAUCAGACAACAAACGAAACUUAUACCCUUGAGCCAACUAUCGGUGACCCAGUUCGCAACAUGUCUUUCCCUAUCCUCAAAAUUGCCCGCUUUUUGACAAAUGUUAGCAUAACAUAUGAUGAUGAAUAUUUUGAUACCCUCUAUGAUCAGUGUAACAAUGAGAGCCGCAGCCCAUGUGAAAUGCUGCCCUUUCAUCAGACUAUUUCAUAUCUCGACACCGUACAGCUGGGCCAUUAUUCCUUUAUCUUCCAUUGGCUCCAAAAAUUGAAAUGCUAUAAACAUAUCUUGCUGUUUUGGUGCAGCAUUGCCUUUCCAGGGUGCAUCAAUGACACUGAGAGUUCUAUAGUACUACCAUGUGCGUCAUUCUGUGAGGAGGCAAUGGAAGGCUGCGGACAGCUGUUAAAAAUUUUUACUUCAGUUUUGUCAGAUGUCAGUUGUUCUUGGUUUGUCAACGAUACAGGAACAGAAAACACCAAUGGGAUAUGUUUCUCACCACAACAAUUGGAAGGAAAAAAAACCUGCAAAGAUCCGGACGGCUUCUUGUGCGGUACUGACUUCUGUAUCCCAAGGAAACUGGUGUGCAAUGGUUACAAGGAUUGUGAAGACUGGAGCGAUGAAGCAAACUGCACCUGUGAUGAGGGGGAGUUUCAUUGUGGCAUUGGCAAAUGCAUCCAUUACAACAACACAUGUGAUGGUUACGAUGACUGUGGGGAUCUGAGUGAUGAAAUGAACUGUGAAUGCAAUCCAGAGCAACAUUUCAGGUGUGGAGACGGUAGAUGUAUCACGAAGGCCUGGGUCUGUGAUGGAGACAAUGACUGCAUUGACAUGUCUGAUGAGGCAAACUGCUCUUGCUCGAGUCUGGGUAUGAUGGAAUGUAAUAAUACCCAGUGUAUUCCAAGGAGUUACCAAUGUGAUGGUUACCGUGAUUGUGAAGACAUGAGUGAUGAACUACAGUGUUCCUACUUUCAUGGUAAAUGCGAACCUAUAACUUUUAAGCCUUGUAUGAAUCUAUCAUACAAUACCACCAUCUAUCCGAACUUUCUAGGCCACAUGGAACAGAAGAUAGCAUCCAGUUCCUGGAUGUCUGACAGGUUUUCUGCCUUAUUUUGGACUACCUGUUACAAGUACAGCAUAUUCUUUUUAUGUACCAUCUUUUUUCCAAAAUGUGACCCUGAGACAAAUCAACCCGUGCCACCCUGCAGAUCCUUGUGUGAAGAAUCCAAAGAUCACUGUGAAUUAGCUAUGAGAACUUUUGGAUAUUAUUGGCCAAGCAUCCUGGACUGCAGCCAAUUCCCUAAGGACAACCAUUCCGAUAACCAUUCCUGCCUGCUGCCUGAUAAGAGUAUGGAAGAGUGUUCCCCAAGUGACUUCAAGUGUAAAUCAGGGAAAUGUAUCUCGGCAUCAAUGAAGUGUGAUGGGAAUCCAGACUGUGAUGAUUCCAGUGAUGAAAAACAAUGUGAGUGUUCCCCAAGUGAUUUCAAGUGCAAAUCAGGAAAAUGUAUCUCGGCAUCAAUGAAGUGUGAUGGGGAUCCAGACUGUGAUGAUUUCAGUGAUGAAAAACAAUGUGGUUGCAGUGAGAGAAACCUGUGGGAAUGUCCCACUGAGAAGAUCUGUAUCAAGCCUGCAAUGAGAUGUGAUGGUUUCCAGGACUGCGCUGACAGAGCAGAUGAAAAGAAUUGCUCUUCCUGUGCAGAUCAUGAGAUGGUCUGCAAUAGUUAUGCCUGUGUGUCCCGUCACCUUUGGUGUGAUGGGAGAAUGGAUUGUCCUGAUGGCUCCGAUGAAUGGAACUGUGUGUCGCUGUCAAGUGGUGCGGAUUCCUUUGCUCAACUUAUUGUACACAGGUCGACAUCUGAUUAUUAUAUUUGUGCUGAUGAUUGGCACGAGGAACUCAGCCAGCUGGCUUGCAAGCAGAUUGGCUUAGGAGGUCCUGCAGGCACUCGCAGAAUGGCAGAGCACGACCAUGGGCAAUGGAGAAAGUGGUUACGUUUAAGUCCUGACUGGAGGAGUAAAAAUAUGUCCAUGUUACAAGCCCUGUUAGUAACCGGGGAAGAGUGUCGAAGUAAAAGCAAGAUCUCUCUACAUUGCACCAAAGAAGACUGUGGUCAGCAGCCAAAAAUUCGACUCAGAAGAAUUCUAGGAGGCAGAACAAGUCGCCCAGGCCGCUGGCCCUGGCAGGGCUCCCUGCAGAUUGAGGCUGGUAAAAAUAUCUGUGGCUGUGUCCUGAUUAGACGAAAAUGGGUUUUGACAGUGGCACAUUGCUUUCAAAAGCAUAAAGAUGCAUCUGACUGGAGGGUUGUGUUUGGUAUCAACAAUCUGAAACACCCAACUGAAUCUACACAGACCCGGACGGUGAAACAGAUUAUCAUACAUCCACGCUAUGAAAGGCGACAUCAUGCUAAUGACAUCAGUCUGCUGGAGCUCCAUGAAGAAAUCAAUGUUACAAGUUACGUUCGACCUGUUUGUCUACCUAGAAUGGACCAAGUGGUGGAACUGGAUACAUACUGUUCCAUCACAGGGUGGGGUUCCACUGGCAGCAAUGUACCCAUGAAGCUUCAGGAAGGAGGAGUCCGCAUUCUUCCCUAUGACUAUUGUCGGAACGCCUUCGGCUCUGAAAAAGUCACUUCUCGAACUUUAUGUGCAGGUUAUCAACAUGGAACUGUGGAUGCCUGCGAAGGUGACAGUGGAGGACCCCUGGUUUGUGAGCAGCCUGGAAAGAGAUGGACAUUAUUUGGUUUAACCGCUUUGGGACAUCAUUGCUCUGCAAUAAUCCAUCAUCCUGGUGUAUACUCCAAUGUAACUCAUUUUGUUGAAUGGAUUGAGAGGCAGAUCUACAUUAACACAUUUUUAUAAAUUAAUUAUUUAAAGACCAGUACUACAGCAUCCCAGAUGAGAUGUCAAGCAGAAGGAGGUAGAAUUGUGCACAUUGACACGGCCAACAAAAUCACUUCCUUCGUGAUUGCACUUUUGUGUUCACUGAAAAUAUCUGAUAAUGAUUAUUCCCAUCACCACUCUUGACCUUCCUGUUUAUUACAAAGAUUUGGUAAUCUUCUAAUUCAUAUGGAAUAGUUACAUCAAUCUGCUCUACUAGGCUAUUAGAUCCAUCAGUGCUUAUAAAUAUUGACCUGAAGGACAUUAAAAAAUAUUUGUGCAGCCAGUAACACAUUAAUCAUCUGUUGGUUUGUCUUGAGUUUUACAUUACAGUAUUUCCAUUUCAAAACUGUACAACCCUAUAUGCCCUAGGACAUUCUGUGUUGCUUAAAUAGUCUUUGGAAAAAUAUCAUCACUUUUAAAUUGACUGUUUAAAAAAUUAUUUUGCACAUUCUUCACCAGACUGCCUCACAUUGAGAAUGUGGGGGGGUAAAUGCUUUCAUAUUUUCAGAAGCAUUUGUUGGCUGGUAUAUUUUGCUUCAAUGCAAAACUUCCAAAUCCAAAGUUGAAUUCUAGAUUUGUUUCUACGUAAUGAUAUUUCUACAAUUUUUUAAAUCGUAAAUGUAAUCAUCACUGUAGAAUAUUUCCAGCAUGUUAAUAUCAAAAAUGCUUCAACAAUGAUUUGUUAACUGGACUAUGUGUUCAACAAUAUGUAUUUUAUGUAGUAAAAUUCUUUCCUGAAUGGUUACCUGUCAAAUAGGUGUCAUGUGGAAAAACAGGGUUUAGAUGGGUGAUUAUGAACUGAUGUAUUUAAAAAUUACAUAAAUAAUUGAUUUUGUAGUAUUAAUCAUAUCAGAAUAAACUUCAUCUAUGUAGCACCUUUCAGCUUUAAAGCAGAAAGCAACCAUGCAAAGAAUAAAUAAAAUGCACUUCUCUAGAAUCUAUAGUAUAAUUUCAUUACCUUAAUUAAGUUUAUAAUCAAGAUAUAAAUAAGACAGGGACACAAUCAGUGGCACGGAGCUUCAUAACAGUAGUCAAAAAAUAAUAUUUUCUGAUGGUCUCAUCUUUCAUUCUGAAUUAAGCUUAUUUUCCUUCACAGUUUGAUACUUUUUUGUAUAAACAUGAAUGAAAUAAAAUCUUUCUUGCCCGA